CCUCACAAUUUUGUGUUGAUAAGAACACAUACCACACUGGUCGCCGGUCCGUGAAAUUCAACUAUUAUCGCUUAUUAUUAAAUUGUAUAUAAUUAUAAAUACAAAUGGAUGGUAUUAAUUUAUUCACACAAUUUGUGGCACAACAUAAACCACAAUUGGAGUCGUCUGGUGUACCGCAACACUUCUGGAAAUCGUUGCAUCGUAAAUUGGUGAAGGAAAUUUUUGAUGCCGGAAUAUCACUUCAAUUACUUUUAAUUGAUUAUGAAGACGAUGAAGAGAAUGUUUCUGAAACGCCAGUUGUUAGUGCAAAUAACACAACAAAACUCGUAGCGGAAGAACCACAUCCAAUGUUUGCCCUUUCGGUGGCGCGUGAAGGUGGUAUUAAGGCUGAUGAUCCAGAUGCUAUAUAUCUUAUUGACCAUGCGUGGACAUUCCGCAUGAAUAUGGCUAGACAGCAAUUAGAACAACAUGAACAGUUAACUGAUCGUAUGUGUGCUAUUAUGGGUGUCGAUAUCGAUGACGAAGAUCGUAUUGAUCAAGUUUUGGUUAAAAUGUGGCGUUAUUGUCAUUCAUACACUAUUGCCAGUAAUGGUUUAUCUGAUGAAGAACGACUACCCAUUUGGUAUGUGAUGGAUGAAGUUGGUUCCGCUGUAAGCCACUCGGAUGAUCCCAAUUUUCGUUUGGUUCCGUUUCUAUAUCUAAAUAAUCAAACCACCUACAGUGUACUUUUUCCCAUACGUGAUUGCGCUUAUGAAGAAAAUGUAACGCGUGAUUUUGUAGAAUAUUUUAGCAAGGAUAAUGCAGAACGUGACGUUCUAUUGUUACCAUGGCGUGCUACUGAUCUACGUGAGCAUUCAUUUAUGCAAGUAGAACCUGAUCAACAGUACUUUUCCACGGGCCAUAUACCCGAAACGUUUCCUGAAGGGGACAUUGCAUUACUGAAACCUCAAAUAAACCGUAAUCAACCACUAAAGGUUUAUAGUGAAUACGAUGUGGUAAGUGCGCAUCUCACCGAUCCUUGUUUUCAAUUAGUUGGUGAUCAAAUGGAAGCUGAUGUUCUCUGGUUAACACAUCACUAUAAGGACUUUGCGGAAUUAGCAUUAAAUACGCCUAAUAGAUUUAUUAAUCAGUUCCCUUACGAGUACGUUCUGACAAUUAAAGAUUUGCUGGCAAUUACGGGGAGAUCUACAGCAAAGGAACACCACAACCCCUCAACAUUGGAAACCUAUCCACGCUGGCUGCCAACGACAUUUAACUUAAAGACGGAAUUACUACAAUUUGCGUCUUAUUAUCAGCAUCGUGUUGCAAAAGGUCUGGAUAAUCAUUGGAUUGUGAAACCAUGGAAUUUAGCGCGUGGAAUGGACACUCACAUAACGGACAGUAUUGUGCAAAUUGUACGAUUGCCAAUCACUGGACCAAAAGUUGCACAAAAAUAUAUCGAACGUCCGGUGUUAUUUAAACGAUCCGAACUAGAUGCCGAGGUUAAAUUUGAUAUACGAUAUGUGAUAUUGGUUAAAAGCUUUCAACCUCUGGAAGCUUACAUACAUAGAAAAUUCUUUCUACGAUUUGCUAAUAAGUCAUUUAGUCUAAACAACUUCGAUGACUAUGAACAACACUUCACAGUAAUGAACUACCACGAAGAGGCAGAAUUACGACACAUAAAAUGUGAAGACUUCUUGGGUUAUUGGAAAGAGCAGUAUCCAACACAUGAUUGGACAUCAAUUCAAAAGGAGAUAUGUUUUAUGCUGCAUGAGAUACUAACUUGUGCAACUAAGCGCCCGCCUCCUUGUGGUAUACCACCUUGUCAGCAAUCUCGUGCUUUGUAUGCCGCAGACAUAAUGCUUGAAUGGGAAAAAUCAGAUGAUGAUAAAACAAGCCAAAUGCGACCUAAAUUGCUGGAGAUCAAUUGGACACCAGAUUGUAAGCGUGCAUGUGAUUAUUAUCCAGAUUUCUUUAAUGAUAUAUUCAAAUUGCUGUUUCUCGAUGAGACCAAUAAUGAAAGUUUUCUACAACUCGAAGCGAGCUCUUAGAUACGCAUAUUUGAUAUGCAAAGUAAUUGUUGAAAUAUUUAAUAAAAAUGCAUUUACCCCUACUAAAUAUAAAUAUUAAUUAUUGAGAAACAAAACAAGUAAUAAAAUAACAGUUUUAUGAAAAAAUAAAGUUAUAUAUACCUAUGUUAA